CCCGCCCAUUUCAGCAGCUACAGUAACCGCUAGAUUUAGACCGCACAUUCCUAGCUUCCUGCGUACACAUGUAGAGAGAGAGAGUAUGGAGAAAGCUUCCCGUCAGAUCCACAUGUUCUUUCUUCUCUUUCUUCGCAGCCGCUUCACCUUCUUCGAUUAGACAAGGGGUAAGCCGUGCGCUGUCUCACUUCUCAAGUUGGAGGUCGAUGAUCGCUGUCCAAUUACAAUCAGCACAACGCCUUAGCGGGAGAGACAGCACACCGCCGCAAAUAUGCAAAUCUGAUACCCAUUGCAUUUCAAUGCCCUCAUCGGAAGAUGGUGGGUGAAGUUUACUAAGGAUGAGGGUUCCUGAUGGCUUUCAAAUUCAUUUCUUUAGACACAGGUUAUGCAUAAUUCAAGUGGAAUUAGAAAAGGGUCCAGAUUUGUAUCAUUCUCAAGUCUUAAAUAAGCCUCUAGAGCUCUUUCUGAUUUGAAUGGGAAAAUGGUGGUGUCCAAACAAUUCGAUGUUGCUCUUGCUUAACGAAAAGAGGAGAGGCAAGCAAGAUUGCAGGUAAGAUUAUUUUUUUUAAAAAUUCAUUUGUAUACAAUUUGUAAUGCCUGUUCUUCACCAUUAAUUUUAAGAAAAUGACUUUUUGGGCAUCUGUACUUUUCAUUAUCAAAGUUGAUGCAUAUGCUUGCUGGAAUAGUUUUCUCAAAUACAACCCAUCACUAUGGCACCUUCUCUUGGACAUCGCGUUCCUGUGUACCCUGCUGGUCUGGCAUUGCUCAGUACGUUUUUUACGGGCUGUUUUUUUAUUUAGCUUACAUUAUAUUGUCUUUAACUUACAUAAAAUAAAAACCUAUAUUUAUAAAAGUGACAAUUGUUCGGUUUGUUCCAAACUCACCUUGUGGUUUAGGAACAACAUGAGGGCUCCAAAUGUAGCUAGUAGGGAGGUGUGAUAUGGAUCCGUGGUACGUACUGAACUACGCUCUUGGGGGAAGACUGAGCUUCUUUUUUCUAAAGUCAUUAGUGUAACUUCUUAUGCCCCACCAUAUCAGCAAGUCCACCACCAAAUAAGAAAGCUGGAUUGACUAGAGAAAUGUUAUUAGGUAAGAAUUUACAAUAUUCAAAAACAGUUUUUUAGAAGAAAAAAAACAAGAAGCUUUACCCAGUAUCCAGCAGUCUGAGGCACGCGUGCUAAUGGAUGAGGAAAGUCAUAUGUUGGCCUGCCUAUUCAAGAAACAUGUAAGGCCUCAUCCUAAACAGAUAAGUUUAUGAACCUUGAUGACUUUGUAAAAUUCUUGCAUUUUUAGUCGUCAACUCCCAAAGUCAUUUCCCUUCAAGCUCAAAUGUGUAGAAUUCUAUCACAUUGUGAAGACUUUGUAAAAUUUAUAGUACUACUGCUCUUGGACUAAACAUGGAACAUUUUCUUUAUCAGUCUACUGGAAAAGUGAAAGUUGAUGGCCUAAAGUUAAAAGGUGAGUUGUGGAACCAAAAGAGGAAUUUCCACUUCAAAAAAAAUGGUUUCUUGAAAGUUAGAUCUUUAAUACAUGCAUCACAGAUAUAAAAGUAAAGAAACAAGAAGACUCACAUCCAGGGCAUUGUGAAGAAUAUUUUUGAAUAGGCACUUCAAGAGCUUCAGCUACAUGUGUCUAUAAUACUUGGAGGUUGUAGUGAGGAUUAAGAUUACUGUCCUCAAUCAUCUAGGUGUGAAAUCUAAAAAACCUUAUAUGAUUGCAAGCUUCUGAUGACAAUAAAGGUAAACUAAAAGAGCAGCAACCUAUAAUAUUUACAUUUCUCUCCUAUAAUGUAUACUAUAUUCAUUUAUUUCAUCUAUAUAUUUAAGAAUGAGUGGAUAAUGAGGGUCUAAAGAGUAGGGAGAAGUAGAGGAGGGUUGUGGUGAAUCUAGGCAGUAGCUUCUUUCCAUGAUGCUUCUUCUCUGUUAAAGUUGGAACGGAUAGAAACCAUUUAGAAUGAUUUUAUUUCUAAAGUCAACUUAAAUUAAAAGUAUUCUUAACAUGGUGCUUGAUUUUUGUAAUAUACAAUGGGAUAAAAAAAUCUGAGAAGGUUUUUCUACCUUCUACACAUAAUCUAAAACUUUUAGAUUUUGCAAUGAUCACCUCUCUAUUGUUCAACCCUCUUGGUAUGAUUUAUCCUAAGUUUAAGUAUGAAUGAAUCUGUUACAAUGUGAUAAUUAUCAGAUCACAUUUUUUAGGGCAAUGAAGGUGCCCUUCAAAUACUUUUUAAGGAUAAUGAACUUAGAAAGAGUACUGAUAAGUGUAUUUUUUGCUUUAUCAACAUUUCUAAGAUGCUUUCAAUUUGGAUGUUGAUUAUUUUUAGAGUGCUUUGGCUGAAGGCUAUGUGUUGGACAUUGACGUGGUAAGGAAGUGCCAAAUUUUGGCAAAUUGAAAUCUGCGAGAUGAAGAAGUGGAGUAAAUGAUAGACCUUAUGGGGCAUAAGGGCAACAAGGUAGACUCCAAAACUCUCAUUUCUGCAGUCAACAUGAGGAUUAAAAUGUUUUUUCUAGAUAAGGUCCUCCAAGAUUUUUUAAGUUUUUUAUUUGGCGUAAUAUUUGGAUAUGCUAUUUUAAAAUUUGCUUGGGAGUUGUAUUUUGAGUAGUUAGGGAUGCUACUUCAUUUUCUCUUUAAAGAAAACUUUUACUUAUAUACUAUAAAAAUGAAAUCAGGGAUGUCAU